AUGUUGGGUUCUAUACAGGAGUUAACUAAAAACUUCUUUUAUGACUCCUCCAAACAGAAUGGCAGAGCUGAUGUGCCUUACGAACCAUAUAAAACCAGACGACCAAGGAAUAUACCUCCAAAAUAUGAUUCAAUUAGAGCAAAUUCUCGAAGAAAUAGAAUUCAGAAAUCUACAGCCAACAAUGUGAUCAAAAAUAAAAAAUUUCGCGAUAAUAGAUCCUCGAUGAAUGAUGAAAUGAUCUUUUACAAAAAUGGUAAUAUGAGUGGAUCACUGAAAAGAUAUUCUAGAAAAUUUUCCAAUUUGAAAGACUACUUAUUUUCUAUAUUUUCAAAUGAUACAGAGACUUUAGAAAACCUGAAAGAAUCAUGUUAUAAUAUAACUGUACGAAGAAAAAAUUCAAAUAUCAAUUCUAAUAAUUCGUACCUUAAUAUUAAACAACGAAUUGAAAAUAGUAAGGCCUUUCGUUCCAAAUUGUUUGAAUUAAAAUAUGAUAAAGAACAGUUACAAAAUCUAAGAAGAUCCAAAGGUUUCAACCCUGCAUUAGUCCUCAAAGAAAAUAUAUCACCUAGAAGUAUCGACGAUGAUAAAAUAUUUUUGUUAAAGAACGAGAAUCGAUUAUUGAAAAGAGAUUUGAAAUCAACAGUUUCUGAGUUAGAAGUUACUAAAAAAAGACUUAAUUUUACUUUAGAGAAAAAUAGAAAUUAUAUGAAAAAAAUAAAUGAAUUGAAAUUACAAUUAAAUGACUACAAGUUAGAAAAUGCCAGAACACACACCAAAAAGGAUACAUUAUUAAAUCCGCCGAAUUUAGGCAAAGCCUACAACAAACAUAUCGAUCGACAUCGUUCUGAAAGUGUUGAUGACAAUAAAAAUAUGAUGACUAAUGAGAACAUUGACACAGAUAACCUUUCACCUGUCAGGGUUGACUUUUCAAGAUACUCAGACAACUCAAAUGUUAGCUCCAGAUGA